UAUUAUUUUCAGACAAGAUCUGGAGAGCAAACAUUCUCCCUGGCCAAAAGAAAAGGUCUUUGAAGGGAGGAAAAAAAAAAAAACACCCUAAAAUGGGUCUACUGAGUUCUAAAAACCCCAAAACCAAGCAAGCCCAGAUUCUUCUUCUGGGACUUGACUCAGCUGGGAAGUCUACGCUCCUUUACAAAUUAAAGUUUGCUAAGGAUAUUACAACCGUCCCAACAGUAGGUUUCAAUGUGGAGAUGAUCGAGUUGGAAAAGAGUUUUUCACUCACAGUCUGGGAUGUUGGAGGACAGGAGAAAAUGAGAACUGUGUGGGAGUAUUACAGUGAGAACACCGAUGGGCUGAUGUAUGUUGUGGAUAGUACGGACAAGCAGCGACUGGAAGACUCCAGGAGAGAGCUGAAGCACAUUUUGAAGAAUGAACACAUUAAAAAUGUGCCUGUUGUCCUGUUAGCCAACAAACAGGAUAUGCCUGGAGCUCUGACUGCUGAGGACAUCACCAGAAUGUUCAGAGUGAAGCAGCUCUGCAGUGAUCGGAACUGGUAUGUACAGCCCUGCUGUGCCAUCACUGGGGAUGGACUGAUGGACGGGUUCAGGAAACUGACUGAAUUUGUGAAAAGCCACAUGAAAUCAAGAGGAGACACUUUAGCAUUCUUUAGGUAGAACUGAGAUCCAAGCAGUGACAUACUGGUGAAGUUGAAAGGGUAACUUUUUUUCGAUGCCAAAUGAGAAAAGCAAGUUGCUGAGUUAGCAAACUUGUCCUAAGAUGUUAUUUCACCUAAAUUCAGCUAAAACAUAGAAUAAUAUCUAGACAAUAUUAUUUUUGGCCAGGCACUUUAGUUAACUAUGUGGUAAUGAUAGUUGAGAAUGAAAAUUUUACAAUUUUGUUUAUGUUGGAUUUAUGUAUGAAUCAGAAUAAUCGUGUUUGGGACCAAAUAAAUUAUUGCUUUAUUGUUUUUA